AUGAGGACUGCAUGGCUGCUGCUUGUUGUAGGGAUGUGUAUGUUGAGUGUCACAUCUUCCCUGAAAAUCUGUGCUUUCAAUGUUCAGAGCUUUGGGGAGUCGAAGGCAAACAACAGGAGGGUAAUGGGGAUUAUCCUAAAGAUUCUCUCUCGGUGUGACUUGUGUCUCAUUCAGGAGGUUCGAGACUCUAAAGGAGAAGUAAUACAAGCUUUGGUCAAGGAUCUUAACAGAUUUGACAAAUCCAACUCCUAUUCUUAUGUGGAAAGUGAAAGGCUGGGGAAGAAAAGCUACAAGGAGCAGUAUGUCUAUAUUUACAGGAACAAUGUUCUAAAGGUCAAGGAACAUUUUCAGUAUCCUAAACCCGAUGAGGAUGGGAAAAAUGAAACUGAUGUUUUCUCCAGGGAGCCUUUUAUCAUCCACUUUUACUCCCCUACCACACAGGUGAAGGAUUUUGUCCUGAUUGGACAUCACACUUGUCCCAAAACCGCCAUGAAGGAGAUCGAUGAACUGUAUACUGUCGUCAAAGGAAUUUACAAGAAGUGGAAAACUGAUAAUGUAAUGAUCUUAGGAGACCUGAAUGCCGGCUGCAGCUACAUCACCAUUAAGGGCUGGAAGGCUGUGCGCUUGAGAAGUGACCCCAAAUUUCGCUGGCUAAUUGGAGAUGAGCAAGAUACCACUGUGCGGGAGAAGACGCACUGUGCCUAUGACAGGAUCAUUGUGCAUGGUCAAGAGAUUACUUCCAGCAUAGUGCCAGGAUCAGCUACACCAUUCAACUUUAAAGAGGAUUUCCAUCUCACAGAGGCACAGGCACUGGAGGUGAGUGACCAUUUUCCUGUAGAAGUCGACCUAAAACCCAACCACCGCUACCUCCUCCGCCAUGAACUGUAGAAGACUGCCAACCACCCCUCAGGCUAUUUUUAAGUUUAAAC